GGUUUCAUGAGGUCUCACUCAGUUGCUUUGCGGUCUUCCAGCCCUGCAACCUCUUGGACUUAGAGACUGCACACGCUUGGGUUUGUGAAGAUGGAAGACCUGGAUGCUUUGUUGGAAGAACUGGAGCGAUCUUCCCUAGGGGAAAGUAAUGAGGAUCCUGAACCUCCCCUGAAACCCAGAAAGGAUGGGAAGGGGGUGGAGGCAGCCAAGGCCCCUCCAGUCCCAGAGGACACACUGCCCAUGCCGGCGCAGCUGAUAUAUACUACAAAGAUUGAAGAGGGCAAUGUCUACAGUGAUAUUGAAGAGCCAGAGUCCGGGUGGCAGCCUCAGGCCACCUCAGCAGCAGCACAGCUGGAUGAGCUUAUGGCUCACCUGUGUCAGAUGCAGUCCAAGGUCAUGGUGAAGUAUGAUAGCCCCAAGGAGCCACUGCCAAAGAAGAAAGAUUCCAGCACCUCCUUGGACACUAUGCUUGGGGGAUUGGAACAGGACUUGCAGGACCUUGGCAUUGCCACCAUCCCCAAGGGCCACUGCUCUUCCUGCCAAAAACCCAUUGCUGGAAAGAUGAUCACAGCUCUCGGGAAGACCUGGCAUCCAGAACAUUUUGUCUGUACUCACUGCAAAAAGGAAAUCGGCUCCAGCAACCCCUUCUUUGAGCGCAGGGGCUUGGCAUAUUGUUCCAACGACUACCACCAGCUUUUCUCCCCCCGGUGCGCAUACUGUGCUGCUCCUAUUCUCGAUAAGGUGCUGACGGCAAUGGAUCAAACCUGGCACCCAGAGCACUUCUUCUGCUCCCACUGUGGGGAGGUGUUCAAUGAGGAAGGAUUUCAUGAAAAGGACAAAAAGCCAUACUGUCGGAAAGAUUUCUUGGCCAUGUUUGCUCCCAAGUGUGGAGGCUGCAACCGUCCUGUGUUGGAAAAUUACCUCUCUGCUAUGGACACCGUCUGGCACCCUGAGUGCUUCGUGUGUGGGGAGUGUUUCCAGGGUUUCUCUGCAGCCUCCUUCUUUGAGCUGAACGGGCAGCCUUUCUGUGAGCUGCACUACCAUCAGCGUCGAGGGACCAUCUGCCAUGGGUGCGAGCAGCCCAUCAGUGGCCGCUGCAUCAGUGCCAUGGGACGCAAGUUUCACCCAGAGCAUUUUGUGUGCGCGUUCUGCCUGAAACAGCUGUCCAAGGGCAUCUUCCGAGAACAGAAUGACAAGGCCUAUUGUCAACCAUGUUUUACUAGGCUCUUCCGUCUCUAAUUCCAAACUACUCCUUGGGUCCUCCUGACAAUACCAGCUAGGGCUAGAGAGGAGAAGGGAUGCUAUGAAACAACCCUGGAUCUUCUCAGCAGGCUCAUAGUGAGGGCCAGGAGAGUGAGGAGACUCCUCUCAACAAGGCAGAUGCAUUUAGUUUUUUUUACCAAUAUGGGCUGGACUAAGUCAGGCAAUGCUGAGCUUUAUCUAGGCUUCCUCGUUCCUACAAACACACACACACACACACACACACACACACACACACACACACACACACACACACCCUACCUUAAGGCCACCUUUUCUCCCUAAUCUUACUUUCUUUUAUUUAGCCCCCAGGUUGCUAGAAUUCUGAUGCUUGCAUACUAAAAGGGGAAAUAGUUCUGAACUCCAUGCUCUUGGGUGUUGGUCUCUUUAAGAAAUAAAAAAGCUUGCU